AAGGAAGAAGUCAUAGGUGGGAGUAUUGCUAUUUAAGAAUCACGUGAGUCCAAGAUCAUCACAGUCCAAGAUGAGGAAUCACCAAGUGAGCAUCGGGUUCUUAGCCCUUUUGGUCAUCAGCAUCCAUGCUAAAGAUGAAGCAAACUUUCUUCGUGAGAAGCGAUAUGCCUUUGGCAGUAGUAGCAGUUCAUCGAGUUCCAGUUCCAGUUCCAGUUCUUCUGGAGGUGGUGCCGGAAAUACUUUAACCCUGACAAAUUCUCAUGCAACAGGAGGUGCAACUGCAGAUGCUAAAGCUGCAGCAACUUCUGAUGGAGCCGGAAAUGGCUUCUCCUAUGGAAAUGCUAAUCAAUAUGAUGCUAAUUAUGGUCAAGGAGGAGGAUUUGGAAACGGCUUUGGAGGAUCCCUUGGAGGUGGUAGUGGAGUAGGAGGAGGUUCCUUUGGAGGUUCAGGAGCUGGUGGUUAUGGUGGUAGCCAUGGAGGUGCUCUUGGAGGUAGUCAUGUUGGAGGCGGUGUUGGUUCAGGCAGCUAUGGUGGUAGCAGUGGAUCAUCUCUUGGAGGCAGUCAUGUUGGAGGCAGUUCCAGUUCCGGUGGUUAUGGUGGUAGCAAUGGAGGAGCUCUUGGAGGCGGUAUUGGUUCAGGCGGCUAUGGUGGUAGCACUGGAUCAUCUCUUGGAGGCAGUCAUGUUGGAGGCAGUUCCAGUUCCGGUGGUUAUGUUGGUAGCCAUGGAGGAGCUCUUGGAGGCAGUCAUGCUGGAGCUGGUUCCGGUGGUUAUGGUGGUAGCAGUGGAGGAGCUCUCGGAGGAAGUCAUGUUGGAGGCGGAGGAUACACAGGUGGUAGUGGAUUCGGUGGUGGAAAAGUUGGUGGUAGCAAAGCAGGAACCGGUGGAUAUGGAGGAAACUUCGAAGUAGGUGGCAGUCAUGCAGGAACUAGUGGAUUUGGAGGUUCAGGUGGUUUGGGAAAUUCAGGUGGAUAUGGAGGAGGUGCUGGAGGAUUGGGAGGUGUAGGCGGAACUGGAGUCAGUAAAACUGGCGCUGGCGCUACUUCCAGUGCUAAUGCUAACGCUAACGCUAAUGCUGGAUCCACUGCUGGAGGUUUUGGUGGAGGUCACGGAGGAGCAGGUGGUCUUGGUGGAGGAUAUGGAGGAUCAGGAAGUCUUGGUGGAGGACAUGGAGGAUCCGGAAGUCUUGGUGGAGGAUAUGGAGGAUCAGGAAGUUUUGGUGGAGGACAUGGAGGAUCCGGAAGUCUUGGUGGAGGACAUGGAGGAUCCGGAAGUCUUGGUGGAGGAUAUGGAGGAUCAGGAGGAUCAGGAGGUGUUGGUGUCGGACAUGGAGGCGGCUUUGGAGGACAAAGCCAAACCGGUGGAUUUGGAGGGCAUAAUGGCGGAUACGGAGGACUCCAAGCUUAUCCCUUACCUGGGCAGCCAGGAUAUCAACUAGACCCAGGAUUUUCCCCACACAGUUGGAAUAAUUUAGGUUAUCCAUCAGGUCAGGGCAAUCUUGGAGGAGGUGGUGGUUUUGGAGGCGGUUCUGCAAAUUCUAAUGCUGGUGCUUCAGCUGGAGCUAAUGCAGGAGGUCUUGGAGGAAGUGUAGGAUAUGGUGGACAAGGAGGAUUUGGUGGUGGAAAUGGAGGUCUUGGUUCUGGAUCUGGAUGUGUUAGCGGAUGUAAUAUCAAAGGUGGAUCGCUUGGAGGUGGUCAUGGUGGUUCUCUUGGAGGUGGUCAUGGUGGUUCCCUUGGAGGUGCUAGUGCCAAUGCUAAUGCUAAUGCCAAUGCUGUGGGCAAUGGUCAUGCUAAUGCCAAUGCCAACGCUGAUGCCACUGCCAAUGGAGUUAACCUCUUCUCCCGUCUUGGUGAGGGUGACAGUGGAGUGAGCAAGGAUGGAAAGGUAGAUGGUGCCAAAGGUGUCUACAGUUCCAGUUCCGCCAGUAUUGGUCCCGAUGGAAAAGGAAGUUACAACGUCCAAGCGGGCAAAAUCCAGUAAAUGAUGAGUCAAAAGUACAAGCUUCGUAAUUUUCCAUUCAAAUUACUGUGAAGAAUUUUUAAAACAAGUUGUGUAUGGGAAUAUGCAGUCGGAAAAUUCUAAAACAUUGCAAAUCGACUGAUUUCGACGAGAAAUAAAAAGAUAUUUGUACUUGGAGAUUUUUAGGGACAGUUGCAGUAUUCAAUUUAUGAAAUUGGAAAAUUAGGAUUUGGCGAAAACGGAUAAUUAAACAUUUUUAAAGUGAUAAUAUCUGAAAUAGUUAUAAAGCAAAGAUUGUUGAAAGUUAUGAGAAUUUGACGAGCGUGACUAGUAUUUCUAGUAAACCGAAAUAAAAAAACACUCGUUUGUAAGUACUUAAAUUAAGUUGCAUUGUGAUAAUAGAAUCUUCAAA